UAAACUUUUCUAUUACUCCAGAAACAGAAUUCCCUUCAUCAACAACCAGUGAUGCCACAUCAGAAGAAUUAACAACAGACUUGAAUUCAAGCACAGAAUCCACCACCGUGCCUGGUAUAGCCAUACAAUCAUCAACAGAGAUACCCACAACCUCAUUAACUGAUUAUUCUACUGAAACUGAACCCACCUCAGAUAUAUCCAUACAGUCCUCAACAGAAAAACCCACAACCUCAUUAACCGAUAAUUCUACUGAAACUGAAUCCACCUCGGAUACCGGUAUAUCCAUACUGUCCACAACAGAGAUACCCACAACCUCGUUAACUGAUCAUUCUACUGAAAGUGAACCCACCUCAGAUAUAUCCAAACCAUCCACAACAGGGAUACCCACAAUCUCAUUAACUGUUCAUUCUACUGAAACUGAACCCACCUCAGAUAUAUCCAUAGAGUCUUCAACAGAGAUACCCACAACCUCAUUAACGUAUCAUUCUACUGAAACUGUUCACAUCUCAGAUAUAGCCAUACCGUCCUCAACAGAGAUACCCCCAAUCUCAUUAACUGAUCAUUCUACUGAAACUGUACCCACCUCAGAUAUAUCUUUACAGUCCUCAACAGAGAUACCCACAUCUCCAUUAACUGAUCAGUCUACUGAAACUGUACCCACCUCUAUUAUAUCCAUACAGUCUACGAUAGAGAUACCAACAACCUCAUUCACUGAAAAUGUUACUGAAACUGAACCCACCUCAGAUAUAUCCAUACAGUCCUCAACAGGGAUACUCACAACCUCAUUAACAGAUCAUUCUACUGAAACUGUACUCACCUCAGAUAUAUCCAUACAGUCGUCAACAGAUAUACACACAACCUCAUUCACUGAUCAGUCAACUGAAAUUGUAACCACCUCUUUUAUAUCCAUACAGUCCUCAACAGGGAUACCCACAACCUCAUUAACUGAUCAUUCUACUGAAACGGUACCCACCUCAGAUAUAUCUAUAGAGUCUUCAACAGAGAUACCCACAACUUUAUUAACUCAUCAUUCUACUGAAACUGUUCCCAUCUCAGAUAUAUCCAUACUGUCCUCAACAGAGAUACCCACAACUUCAUUAGCUGAUCAUUCUACCAAAACUGUACCCACCUCAGAUAUAUCCCUACAGUCCUCAUCAAUGAUACACACAACCUCAUUCACUGAUCAUUCUACUGAAACUAUUUCCACCCCUGUUACAUCUAUACAGUCCACACCAGAAAUAUCAACAACUUUAUUUACUGAGCACUCUACUGAAACUUUAGCCACCUCUGCUCUAUCCAUACAGUCUACAACAGAGACACCAACAACUUCAUUAACUGAACAUUUUACUAAAACUGAACCCACCUCAGAUAUAUCCAUACAGUCCUCAACAGAGAUACCCACAACCUCAUUAACAGAUCAUUCUACUAAAACUGAACCCACCUCAGAUAUAUCCAUACAGUCCUCAAUGGGGAUACCCACAACCUCAUUAACAGAUCAUUCUACUGAAACUGUACUUACCUCAGAUAUAUCAAUUUCCUCCUCAACAGAGAUACCCAUAACUUCAAUAACUGAUCAUUCUACUGAAACUGUACUUACAUCAGAUAUAUCAAUUCCCUCCUCAACAGAGAUACCCAUAACUUCAAUAACUGAUCAUUCUACUGAAACUGUACUUACAUCAGAUAUAUCAAUUCCCUCCUCAACAGAGAUACACACAACCUCAUUCACUGAUCGUUCUACUGAAACUAUUUCCACCCCUGUUACAUCUAUACAGUCCACACCAGAAAUAUCAACAACUUUAUUUACUGAGCACUCUACUGAAACUUUAGCCACCUCUGCUCUAUCCAUACCGUCUACAACAGAGACACCAACAACUUCAUUAACUCAACAUUUUACUAAAACUGAAUCCACCUCAGAUAUAUCCAUACAGUCCUCAACAGAGAUACCCACAACCUCAUUAACAGAUCAUUCUACUAAAACUGAGCCCACCUCAGAUAUAUCCAUACAGUCCUCAACGGGGAUACCCACAACCUCAUUAACAGAUCAUUCUACUGAAACUGUACUUACCUCAGAUAUAUCAAUUCCCUCCUCAACAGAGAUACCCACAACUUCAAUAACUGAUCAUUCUACCAAAACUGUACCCACCUCAGAUAUAUCCAUACAGUCCUCAACAGAGAUACCCACAACCUCAUUAACAUAUCAUUCUACUAAAACUGAACCCACCUCAGAUAUAUCCAUACAGUCCUCAACGGGGAUACCCACAACCUCAUUAACAGAUCAUUCUACUGAAACUGUACUUACCUCAGAUAUAUCAAUUUCCUCCUCAACAGAGAUACCCAUAACUUCAAUAACUGAUCAUUCUACUGAAACUGUACUUACAUCAGAUAUAUCAAUUCCCUCCUCAACAGAGAUACCCAUAACUUCAAUAACUGAUCAUUCUACUGAAACUGUACUUACAUCAGAUAUAUCAAUUCCCUCCUCAACAGAGAUACACACAACCUCAUUCACUGAUCGUUCUACUGAAACUAUUUCCACCCCUGUUACAUCUAUACAGUCCACACCAGAAAUAUCAACAACUUUAUUUACUGAGCACUCUACUGAAACUUUAGCCACCUCUGCUCUAUCCAUACCGUCUACAACAGAGACACCAACAACUUCAUUAACUCAACAUUUUACUAAAACUGAAUCCACCUCAGAUAUAUCCAUACAGUCCUCAACAGAGAUACCCACAACCUCAUUAACAGAUCAUUCUACUAAAACUGAGCCCACCUCAGAUAUAUCCAUACAGUCCUCAACGGGGAUACCCACAACCUCAUUAACAGAUCAUUCUACUGAAACUGUACUUACCUCAGAUAUAUCAAUUCCCUCCUCAACAGAGAUACCCACAACUUCAAUAACUGAUCAUUCUACCAAAACUGUACCCACCUCAGAUAUAUCCAUACAGUCCUCAACAGAGAUACCCACAACCUCAUUAACAUAUCAUUCUACUAAAACUGAACCCACCUCAGAUAUAUCCAUACAGUCCUCAACGGGGAUACCCACAACCUCAUUAACAGAUCAUUCUACUGAAACUGUACUUACAUCAGAUAUAUCAAUUCCCUCCUCAACAGAGAUACCCAUAACUUCAAUAACUGAUCAUUCUACCAAAACUGUACCCACCUCAGAUAUAUCCAUACAGUCCUCAACAGAGAUAUCCACAACCUCAUUAACAGAUCAUUCUACUAAAACUGAACCCACCUUAGAUAUAUCCAUACAGUCCUCAACGGGGAUACCCACAACCUCAUUCACUGAUCGUUCUACUGAAACUAUUUCCACCCCUGUUACAUCUAUACAGUCCACACCAGAAAUAUCAACAACUUUAUUUACUGAGCACUCUACUGAAACUUUAGCCACCUCUGCUCUAUCCAUACAGUCUACAACAGAGACACCAACAACUUCAUUAACUCAACAUUUUACUAAAACUGAACCCACCUCAGAUAUAUCCAUACAGUCCUCAACAGAGAUACCCACAACCUCAUUAACAGAUCAUUCUACUAAAACUGAGCCCACCUCAGACAUAUCCAUACAGUCCUCAACGGGGAUACCCACAACCUCAUUAACAGAUCAUUCUACUGAAACUGUACUUACCUCAGAUAUAUCAAUUCCCUCCUCAACAGAGAUUCCCACAACUUCAAUAACUGAUCAUUCUACCAAAACUGUACCCACCUCAGAUAUAUCCAUACAGUCCUCAACAGAGAUACCCACAACCUCAUUAACAGAUCAUUCUACUAAAACUGAACCCACCUCAGAUAUAUCCAUACAGUCCUCAACGGGGAUACCCACAACCUCAUUAACAGAUCAUUCUACUGAAACUGUACUUACCUCAGAUAUAUCAAUUCCCUCCUCAACAGAGAUACCCACAACUUCAAUAACUGAUCAUUCUACCAAAACUGUACCCACCUCAGAUAUAUCCAUACAGUCCUCAACAGAGAUACACACAACCUCAUUCACUGAUCGUUCUACUGAAACUAUUUCCACCCCUGUUACAUCUAUACAGUCCACACCAGAAAUAUCAACAACUUUAUUUACUGAGCACUCUACUGAAACUUUAGCCACCUCUGCUUUAUCCAUACAGUCUACAACAGAGACACCAACAACUUCAUUAACUCAACAUUUUACUAAAACUGAACCCACCUCAGAUAUAUCCAUACAGUCCUCAACAGAGAUACCCACAACCUCAUUAACAGAUCAUUCUACUAAAACUGAGCCCACCUCAGAUAUAUCCAUACAGUCCUCAACGGGGAUACCCACAACCUCAUUAACAGAUCAUUCUACUGAAACUGUACUUACUUCAGAUAUAUCAAUUCCCUCCUCAACAGAGAUACCCACAACUUCAAUAACUGAUCAUUCUACCAAAACUGUACCCACCUCAGAUAUAUCCAUACAGUCCUCAACAGAGAUACCCACAACCUCAUUAACAGAUCAUUCUACUAAAACUGAACCCACCUCAGAUAUAUCCAUACAGUCCUCAACGGGGAUACCCACAACCUCAUUAACAGAUCAUUCUACUGAAACUGUACUUACCUCAGAUAUAUCAAUUCCCUCCUCAACAGAGAUACCCACAACUUCAAUAACUGAUCAUUCUACCAAAACUGUACCCACCUCAGAUAUAUCCAUACAGUCAUCAACAGAGAUACCCACAACCUCAUUAACAGAUCAUUCUACUAAAACUGAACCCACCUCAGAUAUAUCCAUACAGUCCUCAACGGGGAUACCCACAACCUCAUUAACAGAUCAUUCUACUGAAACUGUACUUACCUCAGAUAUAUCAAUUCCCUCCUCAACAGAGAUACCCACAACGUCAAUAACUGAUCAUUCUACCAAAACUGUACCCACCUCAGAUAUAUUCAUACAGUCCUCAACAGAGAUACACACAACCUCAUUCACUGAUCGUUCUACUGAAACUAUUUCCACCCCUGUUACAUCUAUACAGUCCACACCAGAAAUAUCAACAACUUUAUUUACUGAGCACUCUACUGAAACUUUAGCCACCUCUGCUCUAUCCAUACAGUCUACAACAGAGACACCAACAACUUCAUUAACUCAACAUUUUACUAAAACUGAACCCACCUCAGAUAUAUCCAUACAGUCCUCAACAGAGAUACCCACAACAUCAUUAACAGAUCAUUCUACUAAAACUGAACCCACCUCAGAUAUAUCCAUACAGUCCUCAACGGGGAUACCCACAACCUCAUUAACAGAUCAUUCUACUGAAACUGUACUUACCUCAGAUAUAUCAAUUCCCUCCUCAACAGAGAUACCCACAACUUCAAUAACUGAUCAUUCUACCAAAACUGUACCCACCUCAGAUAUAUCCAUACAGUCCUCAACAGAGAUACACACAACCUCAUUCACUGAUCGUUCUACUGAAACUAUUUCCACCCCUGUUACAUCUAUACAGUCUACAUCAGAAAUAUCAUCAACUUUAUUUACUGAGCACUCUACUGAAACUUUAGCCACCUCUGCUCUAUCCAUACAGUCUACAACAGAGACACCAACAACUUCAUUAACUGGUUAUUCUACUGAAACUAUACCCACUUCUGAUACAUCUAUAACGUUCCCAACAGAAAAACCCACUGUCUCAUUCACUGAAUAUUCUAGUGAAACUGUACCCACAGGUACACAGUCCUCAACACAACCCUCUACCAUAUUAUCCACAAAUCAAUCUACUGAAAUUAGACCCAUUUUUAAUACAACUAUACAUUCCUCUACACAGCCCUCCACCAUAUUGUCCACUAAUCAAUCUAUUGUAAUUACAUCCACUCCUGAUACAACUAUACAGUCCUCUACAUUGCCCUCCACCAUAUUGUCCACUAAUCAGUCUACUGAAAGUAGACCCACUUCUACUACAACUUUACAGUCCUCUACACAGCCCUCCACCAUACUAUCCAUUAAUCAGUCUACUGAAAGUAGACCCACUUCUAAUACAACUAUACAGUCCUCUACACUGCCCUCCACCAUAUUAUCCACUAAUAAUUCUACUGAAAGUAGACCCACUUCUAAUACAACUUCACAAUCCUCUACACAACCAUCCACCAUAUUAUCUACUAAUCAUUCUACUGAAAGUAGACCCGCUUCUAAUACAACUAUACAGUCCUCUACACAACCCUCCACCAUGUUAUUCACUAAUCAAUCUUCUGUAAUUAGACCCACUCCUGAUACAACUACACAGUCCUCUACACAAACUUUCACCAUAUUAUCCACUAAUCAUUCUACUGAAAGUAGACUCACCUCUAAUACAACUGCACAGCCCUCUACACAUCCCUCCACCAUAUUAUCCACUAGUCAGUCUACUAAGACUUCUACCCAGUCUACACCAACAACCUCUACUACCAAAAAGCCACCAAUUACACAGCCAGGAGUCAAUUGUGAAAAUGGUGGUUAUUAUGAUGGAAACAGAUGUGUAUGCAAAAAUGAAAAUUUCUACGGGAUCAGGUGUGAAUUCAUUGUGAGUGAAAUCAAGAAAGAAAUGGUCACUGUCACAGUAACAGUCAACAUUACCAUAGAACAAAAUUUUACUGAAGAUCUCAAGGAUGAAAACUCUGACAAAUACAAAAAGUAUAAAGAGAAUUUCCUGAGUGAGAUGGAAAGGAUCUACAGAGCCCUAGGUAGAUUAGUAAAAAUCCGGUUAAUAUCUUUCAGCUCUGGAAGUGUUGUUGUGAACCAUGAAGUCAGUACAGAAGUCCCUUUCGAAAAUUAUAUAGGAGAGCAGGCCAACUUUGCAAAAGAUGUGGAACACAUUGUACGUGGUUCAGAAUACAACAAUUGCACAUACAAUACAUCAAUGGAUAAUGAGAUCUUUUGCUUCAAGUCCCCAAUUGUCAACACAACAAAAAUCGAUAUAUCAGAUUUGUGCUCCUUUGUGAAUAUUGAUCCAGAAUUCAGGAAAUAUUAUUAUGGUAUAAAUGGGACCACUGAGCUCUAUUGUGUUAACAACUGCAGUGGCCUCACAUUGAAUACAUAUCGGUUAGACUGCCACCAUGGACAGUGCUCACUAACAAACAAAGGUCCUCUGUGCUACUGUCAGAUAUCAGACCAAUACUGGUACACCGGGGAUCAAUGCAACACAGCUAUCAGUAAACCCGGGGUCAUCGCUGGAGUCACAGUUGGACUGGUUGUUCUCCUUAUUGUAUUUUUAAUUCUGCUUUUCUUCGCGUAUAGACGUAAACAUCGCUCAGAAAAAAUGAAAGUGAUACAGCCAGAAUUGCGUUCAUAUAAGGACAUCUGGGAGCCACCUGGUUAUCAAGGAAACCCAAGAGACAAGACCAGAAAAGGUUACCACUCCUAGACCCCAACUAAUUGAUGGAUAGCCUCAGCAGUAAGUCGCCAACCUGAAAAUGCCGCCACCCAGGACAUGGAGCGCUAAACUCUGUCCUAUGAAGAAUGGAAACAACUGAUGACAAACUUGCUGAUGAAAAUGUGUUGACAUUCCCAGGAAAGUGAAUCAUUUAAACAAUGAUAAGUGACAUAAUUAAAUUUUUGCAGUAUAAAAUAAUAACAUUCUAAAAACGUUAUUUCUGAUAAUUUUGAUGAUGAGUUUUAUUGGUCAUUUGACAUUCUUGUGUAUACUUAAAAGAUAACAUUUCUGAGUAAAUAAAAAUGUGUA